GCGUAUAUUUCCACACUUCUCGCAAACUUCUCGUAUCUCAUCAUUGGCCAGCUUCUGUUCAAGGAACAAUGUAUAUGACAUUCUAGUGACUGAGACCACUAAUGAAGAUCGUGCAUGCUUCGUGCACUCGCCUGCUCUACUCGCAGCUUACUUCCUUGUGCAUGUAUCGGUUCCUGGUAGAACCGCCCAUAUUCCAUUGUUGUAUAUAUGCAUGCAACACUAUGGUGCACUAUUCUCAGCAUCUAUCCACGUCUAGUAUGAAUUCGGUGUCAGGCCCCACUUUCUCUCCCUCCCAACGAUCAUGGUGUGAUCCGCCAAGAAAUGCUUUUUGGCGUGUCUGGUUUAAAGCGUUGUGUAUGACCGCUAUAUCAAAGUCGUCAGUCGAACACUGGAAAGAGCUCAGCCAAAAUGCAGAACACGAUAAAUUUGAGAAGCAUAAAAAAGUGGUGUUAAACCGGUUUGAAAACAUGAACAUCACAGCGGGUCUGGUCUUGACGACAAGUGCUGUUUUCAUAUCCACCAAUCCUCCAAUCCAAUCUCUUGUACCCUACGGAAAUGAUGUGUCGUAUAUUCUCGAAGUUUUCUCUUUUGUAGCUGCGCUGAUCAGUUUGAUCGCUGGUACUUCUGUCGUCAUCAUCUACGAACCUUGCUAUGCACACAAAGACAUAUUGGAAUCAUUCGAGAAAUCUCGUUUCCGCCUUAUAUGCUGCCUUAUACUGAUGGCGUCUCCUUCACUGGCUCUCGUACUCUCAAUACUGGGUUUAAUGACAGCUGUGUUUAUUGCAGGCUUCACAUCCGAUAAACUCUUUGUGAAAGUUCUGACUGGAGUAAUCAUUCUAAUAAUCAUUCUCCUCGCCGCGCUCGCAGUAUACGUAUUCCUCGCUCCUCUGAAAAAGGCUAUCAAAGGCACCGAUAAUACCACCGACAAGAAGGGGAAAGCCACUCGUAGUACUUGCUACAGACUGUGUUAGAAUUCAACGUCGUCAUCGCAUUCCUUUUCCAUCUUUACUACCAUCAGUGAACUGCCGGAGACCUGAGAAUGGCAUGUAUUGAAUCGUAUAGUUGAGAAUUCAAGUUGUAUAGAUCCGCUACGUGUCAUCACAUUGUCAUACUUAAUCGACAUGCAUAGUUUUGCGAAUUGCC